CAGGACUUCCUGUCAAACCGCUGUAAUUUAUUUUCCUGGACUGUGGCUUUUUCGUGUCUUAUCGUAUGCCAUGGAAAUGUAACUUCCGUUACAUCUAGGCUUCAAAAAUACGACUGCUUUUCGAUACACCUAGUUUUGUUGCACAUUGCAUCGUUUUUUUUUAUCUUUUGCAAGUAUUAAGAAAAUAAUGGAGAAAGCGGAGUGGUAUAUUUUCUCUUUUCUGUCCUGCACAUACUUUCUGAUCUCCUGCAUUUUAUUCUCAAAAUUCACACGAGAGCAAAGGGAGCCCUACAUGGACGAGAUAUUUCAUGUACCACAAGUUCAGAAAUACUGCGAAGGUAGAUUCAAUGAGUGGGAUCCCAUGAUCACAACUUUACCUGGCUUGUACUUGGUUUCUGUUGGAAUAGUUAAACCUUCAGUCUGGUUGGUUGGAUGGUCGGGGAAGGUGGUCUGCUCCACUGGAAUGCUGAGGUUCAUUAAUCUCCUCUUCAGCAGUGGAAACCUGUAUUUAAUUUAUCUCAUCCUGUGCAAGUUGCACCAAACAGACAAGACCGCCUCUACAUCUCGGAGAAUUCUGUCUGCUUUGGCACUCUCCUCAUUUCCGGUUCUAUACUUCUUCACAUUCCUCUACUACACGGAUGCAGGGUCCACCUUCUUCACCCUCUUUGCGUACUUGAUGUGCCUCUAUGGAAGCCACAAAGUCUCUGGACUACUGGGGUUCUGUGCCAUCAUGUUUCGCCAGACAAACAUCAUUUGGGUUGUAUUCUGUGCUGGAGUUCUUAUUGCCCAGAAGUUGACCGAAGCAUGGAAGACAAAACUGACAAAGAAAAGAGAAGAUAAAGUCUCCACCUCAACUGGGGCAUCUAUCACAGAGAUCAAAAAAGUUACCCAGUUCAUGGUGGAAUACAUACUGUCAGCAUCAAAUGUGAAGAUCUUGAUCUGUUUGACGUGGCCUUAUGUCAUGUUGCUGGUGGGCUUUCUUGUUUUUAUUGUGUUUAAUGGUGGGAUAGUUGUAGGGGACAGGAGCAGCCACGAGGCUUGUCUGAAUUUCCCACAGUUGUUUUACUUUUUCUCAUUUACGUUAGCAUUUUCAAUUUUCCAUUCAUUGUCUUACCAGAAAAUUGUAAACUUUAUUCAAUCCCUGAAGAAGCACCCUAUUUUUUUCCUCUCCCUCACCGCCCUGUCAUUAUUCUUGGUUUGGAAGUUUACUUACGUCCAUAAGUAUUUACUGGCUGACAACAGACACUACCCUUUCUAUGUAUGGAAGAAGAUUUUCCAGAAGCACAGACUUGUCCCUUACAUACUGGUUCCAGGCUAUAUGUUUGCAGCUUGGAGUUUUGCUGACUCACUCAAGUCCAAAUCUUUGUUCUGGAACCUAAUGUUUUGUGUAUGUUUAGUUGCUGCAACAGUCCCCCAAAAAUUGUUGGAAUUUCGCUAUUAUAUCCUGCCAUAUUUAAUCUAUAGACUCAAUAUUCAAGUACCAUCAGUGUUCAGGCUUGUUUUAGAGCUAGGUUUAUACACAACUGUGAAUGCACUGACUUUUUACCUUUUCCUAAAUAGAACUUUUCUUUGGCCUGAUAGCAAGGAAGUGCAGAGAUUUAUGUGGUGACAUUCCAUACGCCCAGUGUGGGAGACAAAAGAGAUAAGUAUACUUUGUAUAUUGGCUACAAAAUAUGUAACGACCGUACUGUGAAAUGGGGGGGUGGGGCGACUGAUUUAAAAAACACAAAUCUGACAAAACGUAGCAAUGAGUAUUUCUAUAAACUAAGAAAAUAAAGCCAUAAUCUCAUGUAAUAAGGGUUUAAUAGGUAGGCUGUAAAAUGAAAAUAAAAUACUGGAAGGUUUGAAGUACUAAAGGGAAAUGUCUACAACUAUUAGUUUGUGGUUGUUUUUUUUUUUUAAAGAAAAUGAGGUACAUGUACAUUUGCAAUUAAUACUUUAUUCCUUUAGUUCGGGUUGUUUCUUACCAUGGUUAUUGUUUUGACUGCAAGUUUUUCUCAAUGCUCUUAAAAGACUUUCUGUUUAGUAGAAACUUUUUUUUUCAGUACUACUACCUGAAUUAUCAAAAAGAAAAUUCUAUUUAAGAUUCUUUAAUAUUGACUUAAUAUUCAUUAAAUUCACUUGCAAUUUGGACCUUAA